AUGGCACUGUACACCUUAGAGAAGUUCGAAUGUGACGGGGAGGUUGGUUCAGUCUCUGUCCGUUGGGAAAGAUGGAAAAGAAGUCUAAACAUUUACCUCGAAGCAGCAGGCAUAGACUCCGAGGCAAAGAAAAGAGCUAGCCUUUUACAUUUUGGUGGUCCCGAGUUACAGGAAGUUUUCUAUAACAUCCCAGGAGCUAAUGCAACUGAAGGCGAACUUUUUAACAUCGCGAUCGAAAAAUUAGACAACUACUUUGCACCUAAACAGAGUAAAGUGUAUGAGCGACACCUGUUUCGUCUCAUAAAACAGGAACAGGAUGAAAACUUCGAGAAAUUUCUUAUCAGACUUCGACUGCAGGCAAAGAAAUGUCAGUUUGGUGGAAAAGAAGACGAACAUAUCAUAGACCAAAUAACGGAAAAGGGUAAAGCAGAAGAACUCCGAAAGAAGAUAUUAAAAACAGGAGAUAAGAUCACUUUAGAUGAAAUAAUUGCGGAAGCGAAUGCAUUGGAAGCCAUAGAUCGUCAAUUAGGACACUUUAGUACGAAACCUGUAGAAAGUCAGGCAAUUAACAGAAUAGGUAUUGAGACAUGGAAGGAGAAGCAAAAAAAAAGAAGAUUGGAAUGUAGUAGAUGUGGAAGUUGCAGACAUUUGGCCCGUGACAACAACUGCCCAGCAAAAGGAAAGGCUUGCCUUAAAUGUGGCAUCUUAGGACACUUCAGAGAUCAAUGCAGGACAAGACAAACUCAGAAGAGGAAAUUUGAAGGAGGAGAAUCAUCGAACAGUCAGGGAAUAAAGAAGAAAAGCAGGACAACAAACAAUAUCGAGGAAACUGCAAACAUAAUCACGGAUGAAAGAAAAGUCGACUACAUUUUCAAUAUAGAGAACGACGCAAAGGUCACAUGUAACAUAGGUGGAACCAACGUGGAGAUGUUGAUAGAUUCAGACUGCAAGCACAACCUUAUAACAGACCAAACCUGGGAAAGAAUGAAGAAAAAUAACGCUCAAGUUACCAAUCAAGAUUCGAAUCCUGACAAAACGUUCAUAGCUUACGGGAGUGCAACACCGCUGAAGCUGUUAGGAUCAUUUAAAGCCACGAUAAAACUUGCCGGAACAUCACAGGACGUCACAACAUUCUACGUGAUCAGAAACGGUACGCGUGACCUACUUGGACGUGUGACGGCAACCUCAUUGGGAGUACUUCGGAUCAAUUUGGAUAUCAACCAGGUCGGAACUGAGGCGUUUCCAAAAUUUAAAGGCGUUUUAGUUACCAUUCCGAUUGACGAUUCAGUGAAGCCCGUUGCUCAGCCGUAUCGGAGAAUUCCCAUCCCACUUGAAGAAAAAGUAGAGAAUAAACUGAAAGAAUUACUAGAAAGGGACAUUAUAGAAGUCGUGAAAGGUCCUUCUAACUGGAUUUCGCCUAUAGUCCCUGUGCUAAAAAACGGGGGUGACAUCCGAUUAUGUGUGGAUAUGCGCCGAGCAAAUACGGCCAUACAACGUGAAAACCACCCACUGCCAACGAUAGAAGAACUGUUACCUAAAGUUCGAGAAGCCAAAAUCUUUAGUAAGCUAGACAUACGAGAUGCAUUCCAUCAUAUCGAACUUCACACAGACUCAAGGCAUAUCACGACCUUCAUUACCAGCAAAGGAUUGUAUCGAUACAAAAGAAUGAUGUUUGGUAUCUCGUGUGCGCCAGAGAUUUUCCAAAAAACACUGGAACGAAUCCUUUUAGGUUGCGAAGGAGUCAUCAACUUCAUAGAUGACAUCUUAAUAUUUGGGAAAGACUUAUUAGAACACGACUUAAGGCUUAAAAAAGUUUUGGCAGUGUUAGAGGAAAAUAACAUGAUGUUGAGGGAAGACAAAUGCAUUUACAGAAUGAAGAAAGUCCACUUCCUAGGGCAUGAACUAUCAGAACUGGGAGUCAAACCACUAGACAAGUAUAUCUUGGCUAUAAAGGGAUUCAGAGCCCCGACGAAUAUCGCUGAACUGCAGAGUUUUAUGGGUUUAGUGAAUUACGUGGGAAAAUGGAUCCCCCACUUAGCAACGAUAACAGAACCCCUUAAGCAACUGCUACGGCAAAGAACGGGAAGAAACACAGUCAUUCAAAAUGACUGGGGGGAUGCCCAAAAGAAGGCAUUUAACGAUCUCAAGGCGGCACUUAUGAAGGUACCAAAUUUAGGUUACUACAAUCCUCAUGAUAAGACGGUGGUGAUUGCAGAUGCAAGCCCAGUGGGUCUGGGUGCAGUGUUGGUGCAAAUCAACAAGAAUGGGCCGAGAAUAAUUGCAUUUGGUAAUAAAACCCUCAGCAGCUGUGAGCGCCGUUACUGCCAAACAGAGAAGGAGGCCUUAGCCCUGGUUUGGGCAGUCGAACAUUUCAACAUGUUCCUGUACGGUAAGAUGUUCGAUCUAGUAACGGAUCAUAAGCCCUUGGAGGUGAUAUUUGGCCCGAAAGCUAAACCAUGCGCUCGCAUUGAAAGGUGGGUAUUAAGGUUGCAAUCCUACAAUUUCAAGGUGAAAUAUAGUCCGGGGAAGACCAAUAUAGCCGAUCCACUAUCGAGACUCUGUGAAGUGGCAACAAACCCGACGACAUUACUUGAAGACCAUGUUCAAGCGAUUACCGAAUUGGCACGACCAGUAGCCAUUCCAUUACAAGAGAUCACUGAGAGUUCUCUUGGAGAUGCAGAGAUACAGAAGGUUAGAGAGGGUCUUUACAACGGAAACUGGGAGGAAACCGUAAAAACCUAUAAACUUUUUCAGGAUGAAUUAUGCUUUCAUGGCGAUAUUCUCCUCAGGGGGACGAAAAUUGUAAUCCCAACCAAGUUACGCAGAAGAGUUCUGGAAGCUGCGCACGAAGGCCACCCGGGGAUAGUCGCGAUGAAGAGCAGAUUGAGGACCAAAGUAUGGUGGCCUAAGUGCGACAAAGAUGCUGAAAACAUAUGCAAAGCCUGUAAAGGAUGCAUCCUGGUCUCUGCUCCCAGCGCCCCAAACCCAUUAAAAAGAAGAGAUUUACCUUCCGAACCGUGGGUUGACAUAGCAAUCGACCUCAUGGGCCCAUUACCUAGUGGAGACUAUAUCCUGGUAGUCGUGGAUUAUUAUACCAGAUAUAAAGAAGUAAAAACAUGCAGAACCAUAACAAGCUCUGAAAUAAUUGAAAUGCUUAAAGAAAUUUUUAGCAGACUUGGCAAUCCAGUGUCCCUCACAUCAGAUAAUGGUAGACAAUUUUCUAGCGAAGACUUUAAGAGCUUCUGCGCAGAGAGGAACAUACGACUCUACAAUACCAUUCCCUACUGGCCGCAACAAAACGGAGAAGUGGAGCGCCAGAAUAGGGACAUCCUAAAACGCCUCAAGAUCUCUCAAGUAGAGAAAAAGAACUGGAAGGAGGCUCUCCAGGAGUACAUGGUGAUGUACAAUAGUACACCUCACACAGUUACAGGAAAAACACCUGCAGAACUGUUCUUUCGACGGCAAUUUCGAGACAAACUGCCUAUGCUCCAAGACAUGACGCAUCUCUCAGAGGAUCUUGAAAUGAGGGAUAGAGAUAAAGAACUAAAGGAAAAAGGGAAGGAAUAUGCGGAUAGGAAGAGAGGGGCUACUAACUGUGAAUUGGAAGUCGGAGAUAAAGUAUACGUCAAGAACAUGACUAAACAAAACAAGCUGAGCUUAAACUAUCAACCCGAAACACAUACCGUCGAAGCGAACAAAGGAGGGGACGUAAUUCUUCGGAACGAUGAAACUGGUCAGCAAAUCAGACGGAACGUCGUACAUCUAAAACGAGUGGAAGGGCAAUGGAAGGUACUAGAUGAUGAAAAUAAUGCUAGUGGUACUCAAACUAACGAUAAUGGUGACGCAAAUCAAUCACAACUCGAGUGA